AUGUUCUAUGGGAUGGAGCGCGUCCCCCCACAUCCGAACACACAUCAUCCAUGUCCCGUUACGAACUGCUCGGCAUUUAUGUUGGUGGAUGAAUUCCCCGCGCACUACGAAGCGUUCCAUUUCCUCAUGAAUUAUAUGGAAUAUACCGUCGUCAUUCACGAGGGAAAGAAGCCAUCGUCAGUGAUCGCCAUCGUAGUUCCGCUUAACGUCCAAAAGUCCCAAAAUGUAAAUGAACGCCUUCGCGAUCCUGUGGCCACGUUAUACUUUCUGUCACCGCCGUGGUACACUUCUGCUACAACACGUCCCGACGAUCCCGCUCUCGAACCGCCUUUUUCAAAUCUGAACAUUACGGACGCCAUCGUUCACCUCAUCUGCUAUACCACCGGACUACCGCAUAUCAGGAAAUUAUGUCUUUCCGAUUCCUCUGCCACGGCUGCGAAAAAAUGGACGCCGCCGGCGAACGCGUCGUUACUCGAUCGGGAAAUAGUAUCUCAGGGUCCAUGGUACGAAAGUAUUCGAGGUCUCAUAUUUCCCCAAGACGGCUCUGCUCCUAUUGAAGUUCCUCUCACGUUCGUAUUCCGACACGGCGAGAUACUGGACUGUAUACCGCAGCUGAACGACUUCUUUCCUCCAGACGAGCAUGCCUGUCGAAGGGUCGGUGGACAAAGGGGCGACCCGCCUUUUGAGAUUUGGUACUACAAGAAUCAAAUGCAGCUUUUCUUCGAAGAUCCCAAUUCUGUGAACGACACGAUUAUCAGCCUCACCGGUUCUCGUGAGGUACAGAAAAUAUGUUCAGAACGCGUGGUACUGCGAGAAAUCUUUACACGAGCGAGACUCGUUCAAUUUUGCUUUCCGCCAUGGAGGUCAGUUGCGAACUUCGACUAUUUGGCUAAUUCUAUACACAUUACAAGCUCGUCAUUGACGUUGCACCGGAAUGUACGCCCAGAAAAUACACUCGCCGCACCCAGCAUUGAAAGUCUGCAGCACAUUGUUUAUACCGACUGCGCUAAAUCUAACAUAUGA